CAAAUCACAAUGACCGCUGGAACUGUCCUCCCUUGGAACACCUGUCUUAACACCACUUUGGAAGAAGAAGAUAAGGAAGUUUUCCAAAUUGUCGAAAAUGAAAAGUUACGACAAUGGUCUGGCUUAGAACUUAUUGCCUCUGAGAAUUUUACCUCUCAAGCUGUCAUUGAAGCCAACGGUACACCAUUGACAAAUAAGUAUUCUGAAGGUCUUCCCGGUGCUCGUUAUUAUGGUGGCAACGAAUACAUUGAUGAACUUGAAGUCCUCUGUCAGCAGCGUGCUUUGGCCGCUUUUGGUUUAAACCCUGAGCAAUGGGGUGUUAAUGUCCAGCCUUAUUCAGGUUCCACUGCUAAUUUUGCUGCAUUAACCGCCUUGAUUAAGCCAGGCGACCGUCUUAUGGGUCUUGAUUUACCUUCUGGUGGUCACUUGACCCAUGGUUAUCAAACUGCCAAAAAGAAGGUCUCUUCUUCAUCCAUCUACUUUAAUUCAAUGCCUUAUCAAGUGGAUUCUGAAACUGGCUUAAUUGAUUACAAACGUUUGGAACAAAAUGCUGCCUUAUUCCGUCCUCAAUUACUCAUUUGCGGUGCUUCUGCUUAUCCUGCUGAAUGGGAAUAUGAUACUAUGCGCAAGAUUGCUGAUCAACACGGUGCUUACCUCAUGUGUGAUAUGGCUCAUAUUUCUGGUUUGAUUGCUGGUAAAGAAGCCUUGUCUCCUUUCGACUACUGUGACAUUGUUACCACAACCACUCAUAAGACACUUCGUGGGCCUCGUGCCGGCUUGAUCUUCUUCCGUCGUGAUAAAAAUGAUCAACUCGAAUCUCGUGUCAACCAAGCUGUUUUCCCUUCAUGCCAAGGUGGUCCCCAUAACAACACUAUUGCUGCAGUUGCCGUUGCCUUGAAGCAAGCGGCUUCUCCCGAGUUCAAACAAUACGCCAAGCAAGUCUGUGCUAAUGCCAAGAAGCUCGCUGAAACUCUUACUGGUUACGGAUACAAGUUAGCUACUGGCGGUACCGUUAACCAUUUAGUUCUUUGGGACUUAAAGCCUCAAAAAUUGACCGGUUCUAAGAUCGAACGCAUUUGUGAUAUGGUUCAUAUUACCAUCAAUAAAAACUCUAUUGCUGGUGACAAGUCCGCUGUCACACCUGGUGGUGUCCGUCUUGGUACAUCUGCUUUGACUUCUCGUUCUUUGAAAGAAGAAGAUUUCGUCAAGGUCGCUGAGUUCCUUCACAGAACUGUUCAAAUUGCUGCUGCUGUUCAAGAAAAAUGUGGCUCCAAAAUGAUGAAAGAUUUUGUUGCUGCUUUAGAAGGUAAUGAAGAAAUUGCUCAAUUGAAGAAGGAAGUCAUUGAGUUUGCUCGUAGUUUCCCUAUGCCUGGUUUCGAUCCCUCUAAGAUUAAGGCCACUGUUACCAUUUAAGAGUUUAUUUUAACGCACCAAUUCUAAAACCAUCUCUUUCCUUCUACAUCUAUACUUCGUAUAUAAUAUGUUUAAUAUCCCUUGAAAUCUAUCUAUUUGCAUGUUCAACACUUUCCAAAAAUAUUUCCCUUCAC